AUGGAGGGACGCUAUUACCUGGUCGUGGUUGAGGCGUUCAGCAAGUGGCCGGAAGUGACGGAAAUGACCAUCAUCUUUGCGACUCGAACAGUAAAUGAACUCAAGAAAUUGUUUGCAAGAUACGACAAGUGA